AUGACAGGCCGCGCUGAAGUCGUCACCAACGACGAGGAUGCGCGAAGACCGCUGCUGUCGCGCAGCAACACCAACGACAUAGACCUGGAUAUGGCAGCUCUCAGCACACGGCCGGGCCAUGAGAGAUGGCGGCGCGUGGUCGGUUUGCUAUUGCUGUUCACGACUGUCAUUCUGUGGACCGCCUCUAACUUUAUGGCUUCCGUAUGGCUAUUGCUCAACCCAUAA